ACUUUGCUCUUGUUCUUGCCCAACUUGCCAUUACUUUCACUACUCUGUUAUGCUCUCUCUCUCUCUCUCUCGUGGCUUUUCCCCUUUCUUCUCUUUUUAUGAUUCCAAAAACAGUGUGCAAAGCUGCUGCUUUUCCCAAGAUUGCUUUAUCAAUGUGUGAUUGGAACAGCCAAUUUUAACUUGGAGCGUGUUUAGAAAGGCCACCGUUUUACUGAACUUGCUUUCUUCCCUUGCCUUUCUUGUUAAAGGGUCGAACCACCCAACAAACACCAAUGUUGCCUUUUUUAAUGUGAGACUCUGUAGAACCGUUGAGGUGAGUGGUUAAGCAUCAGCAGCCAGUGACAGCGAGUUCUUGGAGGCAUGGAGCAGCCGAGAAGAAUGGUAGUGGGGUGGUGUCUCUUUGCUGUUCUGGGGGCUGCACUGUGCAGAUCUGAGGAUGGCUUGAGCUCCUUUGAGGAUUUGGAUCAGAGGGAAGGUGCGCUUUCCUUCUUGGAGAGUCAUGCGGUGUCCCCCGCCGCUCCAAAGCCUCUCAUGGUCGGUCUCACACUCAUCCAAGGAGCUGCUGCCAAAGGAGCUGUUUGUUUGGAUGGUACGCUGCCGGGCUACCAUUUGCAUCGCGGGCAGGGAUCGGGUGCAAACAAUUGGCUAAUUCAUCUAGAGGGUGGAGGAUGGUGUAACACCAUCAGAAACUGUGUUUAUCGCAAGACAACUCGUCGAGGUUCAUCAAAGUUCAUGGAGAAGCAACUGCCCUUCACAGGAAUAUUGAGCGAAAAACCUGAAGAAAAUCCUGAUUUUUUCAACUGGAAUCGGGUCAAGUUGCGAUACUGCGAUGGGGCUUCCUUUUUUGGAGAUGGUCAGAAUGAGGCUUCACAGCUUUACUUUAGAGGGCAAAAGAUAUGGUUAGCUGCUAUGGAAGAGUUGAUCAGCCUCGGAAUGAAAAAUGCUGACCAGGCUCUUCUUUCGGGAUGCUCUGCUGGUGGUUUAGCAUCUAUUCUGCACUGUGAUGAAUUCCGCUAUUUAUUCCCACGCAGUACCAAAGUGAAAUGUCUAAGUGACGCUGGAAUGUUCAUUGACGCAGUUGAUAUAUCGGAAGGUCACUCUCUAAGAGAUAUUUAUGCUGGAGUCGUGAGCUUACAGAAUGUGCAAGUGAAUCUUCCUAGUUCAUGCAGCAGCCAUCUUGAUCCAACUUCAUGCUUCUUCCCUCAGAAUUUGGUCGCGAACAUUAAGACCCCUCUUUUCCUUCUCAAUGCAGCUUACGAUGCAUGGCAGCUCCAAUCCAGUUUGGCUCCAGGAUCAGCUGAUCCUCAUGGCACUUGGACCAACUGCAAGCUAAACCAUGAACGGUGUAAUUCAUCACAGAUAGAAUUCCUUCAAGACUUCAGGAAACAAAUGCUUGAUGCUGUCAAAGACUUCGCAAGCUCAUCCAAGAAUGGUCUGUUCAUAAAUUCCUGCUUUGCACAUUGCCAAUCGGAGAGGCAGGACACGUGGUUCGCCGAGGAUUCUCCUCUUAUUGCAGACAAGGGGAUUGCUGAAUCUGUAGGAGACUGGUACUUCGAUCGAGUGACCGUCAAAGCUAUCGACUGUGCAUACCCUUGUGACAAGACUUGCCAUAAUCUCGUAUUCAAAUGAAGACCAACACAGAAACAUCACACCUCUUCUGUUCAUUCUCCGGAUUCUCGGCAGUGGAAGGGAUUACAACACGCACUGUCUAUAAAUUAAAGAUGCUACUACUCACAAAAUGAGGAGUUGCAGGCAUCCUUGUACUUUUUGUUGACAUUCGACGUGUAUCGAAAGAGGAGAGGCAUUAUAGGUUGCUUCAACCUUAAUAUUCAUCGAGUGUUGCUCGCUAAGACUA